GUUUAGGUGAUGUUCGGCGGCUACGUUUCCAACGAUUUCCAGCAAGUAACAAGGAGUUAGCAACGUCUGGAAGUCUGGAAGGUGUGGAAAGUCUGGAAUGCUGUAUUUGAUUGAGGUUAUAAUCAUAUUAAUUAUUUAUGACCGAUGUUCAGUAAACCUGAACAUCUUGUUAGACGAACUGGUAAAAAGGGAGUGGGUCGAUAUGACUACUUGAAACAAUUAGUCUCGGAGUUUAAAGAAACAAAAUCAGACGAAGCUAAGGAGCAGGUGCUUGCAAAUUUGGCCAACUUUGCCUAUGAUCCCAUUAAUUAUGAAUAUCUGCGUAAGUUAAAUGUGAUUGACCUAUUUCUAGACCAACUUUCUGAAGAAAAUACAAAUAUUGUCCAGUUUGGCCUUGGAGGACUGUGCAAUUUAGCCCUAGAUAUUGAGAAUAAGGAGUAUAUUGUGCAUUGUGGUGGCGUGCGGAUUGUUGCUGCUUGCUUGUCAUCGCGCGAUGAAGAAACGGUUCUGUCAGCAAUGUCAACACUUAUGUUUCUGGUCACACCACAGUCAAAACUAGAAGUUACAUCACCAGAGAUUGUGAAUUGCAUGCUUCGCUUCUCAAGAAGUCGAAACACUCGCCUAAAAAAUUUGGCAACAAUUUUCUUAGAAGAUUAUUGUACACCGGAACAAGUGGCAGAAGCUGCAGGGUCCGAGGUGCAUCCAGUAGCUGUAGAAGACAUCCCAGUGCCUCCGGUUGACUGUGUGCCUGAGUAAUUAUGUCAUUUGGGUGACUUCAC